AUGAGCGACGUGGAUUCGUUUGUCAAGGAGGUCAAGUUGGCGAGCACCAUGAGUCAUCCGAACAUUGUGCAGCUCAUUGGUGUGGCGUGGGAUUAUCGAGAAGAUUUUUGCUGCGUGAUGGAAUACAUGGACGGAGGGGAUUUACGAGGCUUGAUGGACAAAUACGAGGACGAGAACCGUCGGACAGGCUUCGACGCUGCCAAGAUCACGAUCGCGCUGCAUGUCGCUCAUGCUCUGGCCUAUUUGCACUCUCGAGACGUUCCAGUAAUUCAUCGCGACUUGAAGUCGGAGAAUAUUCUGCUGAACGAAGCGCUGGGAGCCAAGUUGACGGACUUUGGCGUCUCUCGGGAACGCGUAGACAGAGCGAUGACUGCAGAUGUGGGUACAUCACUUUGGAUGGCUCCGGAGGUGAUGAUUGGGAAUGCGUACGAUGAGAAGGCAGACAUGUUUCGUUUGGAGUGGUACUUUCCGAGCUGUCAAUGCAUUCGUUACCAUACUCGCAUGUGAAACGUCCUGGUUCCAAUCGGCAGCUAA